AUGAAGUAAGCACACUGUAGAGAAUAACGUGGUUGCAUGGUUUAAAAAGAAGAUUGCCAGUCCCCACUGCCUUGACUAUUUUGAACCAGGAAUAAAUACCGACAUAACCUCACCUCAAUCCAAUAACGAAACCGAAAACAAACAAGUUAACUAACCUUACUAACUUAAUAUUAAGCAGUUAUAUAUUACAUUUUAAAUGCUCCAGUGUUUCUCAUUAUGUAAAGGUUUAUCGUUAUUUUAAAGUGUUUAUUAUAAAAUAUAUUCCAUGGUACAUUUUAAAUAGAUAACAAUUAUGUGUGGUUAGUGUAAUUUUUAAGUUUACAUUAGACAGAAGAAUGAAAUACUUAUACCACAUAAGAUUAUGUUUGAAAGCCUUACCAAUAAAUAAGCAUGAAACUCAAUCAUUGUGUUUUUCUCGGUUACUGUUAGAAAAACGCACUCUAGUUUCAAAAUCAAAAUUUUUCAGCAGUGCUGUAAAAUAUAUUGACAAACCAGACAUUGAAAGAUCUUUGAAAGACAUUGCGAAUAAGAUCCACAAUUUAGACACAAUAACAACAGCAGAUGUUGCUCAUGUUAAACAUAAUGAAUCAGGUAUUUUGGACCCUUACGAAGAAGAUGUUUCUGAAAUUUCAUCUUUCAUAUCACCAUCAUUCAAUCUUGCGGCUUAUGUCAACAAAUCACAUUCUCUUCAACAGCUUGUGAAAUUGGGUGUAGAUCUAUAUAAAGUAGAAUUAAAGAAAGAUGCUGCCCAAUUCAUUCUCAACUUAGAUUUUGAAAAACAUAUGAAGUUACAUUUGAGAUUUUUACACGAUAUUGGUUUACCAGCGGAGGAAUUCGGUAAGUUUAUUACUAAGAACCCAUUCAUUUUCAAGCAACAAUUGGAUGACCUCCAAGUUCGUGUAAAUUAUCUGGAAGCGAAAAAGUUUACUACAGAUGCAAUCACACGAAUAGUCACAGCAAAUCCGGUUUGGCUUAAUUUCAGCACCAUAGAAAUUGACAAGCGAUUGGGAUUUUUCCAAAGGACUUUCAUUCUGUCAGGAGAUGAAGUAAGACAACUGGUAGUACUCCGACCAAGGAUAAUCACAUAUGACCUGGGAAGAAUAACAGUUAGUUUAUAUGCUGUAAAGGGAGACAUGGGAUUUAAUGAGGAGGAAGCUAAAGCAUUGCUUUUAAAGAAGCCCAAGUUGUAUGACAUUUCUACAAAAGCUUUAAAAGAACGUUUUGAUUAUGUACACAACAUAAUGGAAAUAUCACAUGAGCAAAUUCUCCAACAACCAUCAGUUCUGUUGUUCAGAAACUUCAUCGUAAAACAGAGACAUGAAUUCCUCAAAACUCUCGGCAAAGCUCAGUACGACCCAAAAACUCCAGGAUAUAUCUCCCUUGACACUCUGAUACAAGGCAGUGAUGUUGAUUUUUGUACAAAUGUAGCUAAAAUCAGCAUAGAUGUGUUCAAUGCGUACCUCAAGACUUGUUAAAAUCUGUAUUAAUAUUUUCAUAUUAUUGUUAUUGUAAAUAUAUGAGUUUUUAUAGUCA